AUGACCUCCAGGUGGAAACUCAGGAAAAGGACGAUUGAAAAUUCGAUGUGUAGAAAGUUCUUCAUCUACAACGUUAUCCGCUUGACUCUAGGAGUUGUUCCUCAAAAGGAGGGCCUUUAUUUCUUCGUUCUAUGUUUUGUUGUAGCUCCUGGGGUAUUUGACCUCGAUCGUGAAUCUGAUGCGAAACAGGAUUUGCUGGAACUUGUUUCUUGGGUUGCUGACCUCGAUCGUGAUUCCGAUACAACACAAAAUCCACCAGAACUAAUUCUUUAA